ACCGGCGCCUCUAGGGGUUGGAGAACUGGCUUCGCGGUGUGUAGCGGGAUGGUUCCUAGGUGCCAGAUUGACGUGUUGUAUUUUGCAAAAAGUGCUGAAAUAGCCGGAGUUCGCUCGGAGACCAUUUCUGUGCCACAGGAAAUCAAAGCGUCAGAGCUGUGGAAGGAGCUAGAGAGUCUCCAUCCUGGGUUGGCUGAUGUUAGAAACCAGGUGAUAUUUGCUGUUCGUCAAGAGUAUGUCGAGCUUGGAGAUCAGCAACUCCUGCUUCAGCCCGGAGAUGAGGUUGCCAUCAUCCCGCCAAUCAGUGGAGGAUAAUGCAUCUGAGCCAUCUGGGAAAGAUGUGGACGAUGUCCAGGAGAAACCUAAAGACAUAAUACAGUUCACUGCCGAGAAGCUCUCUGUGGGGGAAGUGUCACAGUUGGUGGUGUCCCCUCUGUGUGGUGCAGUGUCUCUCUUUGUAGGGACUACAAGAAAUAACUUUGAAGGCAAGAAAGUCAUUAGCUUAGAAUAUGAAGCGUAUGUACCGAUGGCAGAAAAUGAAAUCAGAAAAAUUUGUAAUGACAUUAGACAGAAAUGGCCCGUGAGACACAUAGCAGUAUUCCAUCGGCUUGGUUUGGUUCCAGUGUCAGAAGCAAGCACAGUUAUUGCUGUGUCUUCAGCUCACAGAGCCGCGUCCCUCGAAGCCGUGAGCUACGCCAUUGAUUCUUUAAAAGCCAAGGUGCCCAUAUGGAAAAAGGAAAUAUAUGAAGAAUCAACCUCAUCUUGGAAAAGAAACAAAGAGUGCUUCUGGGCAGCUGGUGACUAGUCAAGUGUGGUGCGCUAAGUCUAAAAUUUGAUAAUCUCAUAGCUAACACAAACGGAGAAUAGCCAAGUGCAUGAGUGUGUGGGAUGAGGGGCUGCCUAGGACUUAAAGAUGGGGAGAAAGGGCUUGACUUAAACCUGUGAUAAGAUGUCUGCAAUAGACUCAGCCUUCUGUGACUAACUCCUAACUAACCAGCUCGCAGUGCGCUGCAGCCUUCCUUUUACCUUCAGCUGUCUCAGGAAGACCUUGCUGUCCCAGAGUGUACUGAGAGCAUCACUAUCAGGCAUGUGUUACCAAAAAACUGGCAGAAUCAGAAACUCAUUUACAUAAUGUAAAAGUGAAUCUAAAUAAAUCAUGAUUUAAACAGUCUAAAAAUAGAUCCUGUCUCCUUUUUAGUCAAUGAUAAUAACCUAAGGGAUUAGUUGUCAAUAUUCUCAUCACUGUACAAAUUAGCAUAAAAUUGUUAUAAAACUAACUAGCAACAAGGUGGUUUAUGUUAAAAUGAUGUAUGUUUAAAAGUUGGCCCACAAUUGCUUGAGGAGAUUGUGCAGUUAUUUGUUAAAGUAGUUUAGAUAGUUUUCAUAAUGUUUAUGUAACAAUAGCCUGUGUGAAGUUAAGACUAAACAAAUUAAAUUUUCUGCAAGAUAUUUAUACUAAGCAUCCAGUUUUUGAUUGGUGAAUUUAUCAUGGCAGGUUUGAAUAUACAAAUCUCGUACACUUUGUGUUUCCAGCUUUAUUGACAUAUAUUUGACAAGUGAAAUACACUUAGGUUCUAUAAUGUGGUGUCGUGAUGCUUGUGUUGUGGUGAGAUCGUCACAACCCAGACGAUUAACAUGUCCAUCACCUCAGACAGGUUCACUGGGAAGACUGAAGGUACAUUCUAAGCUCAGAAAGAACUAAAAUACUAGCAGGGCUAGAGAGAUGGCUCAGCAGUUAAGAGCACUGGCUGCUCUUCCAGAGGACCCAGGUUCAAUUCCCAGCACUCACUUGGCAGAUCACACUAGUCUGUAAGUCCAGUUCCAGGGUUGCUGAGGCAUUUAUAUAUAUAUAAUAAAUAUAUAAUAUCAAAA